CGCCGGGCCCUGCUCUGCGCCGCGGGGCUGCUCAGCCUGGCCGGGGCGCUGGGGGCAGCGGCGGCACUGGGCGCCCCGCGCUGGGUGCGGGCGGCCCCGCUAUGCCGCACGGGCGCGCUCCUCGUCAAUGCCUCAGGUGCCGAGCUGCCACUCUUCCUGGGCGAGCUGCGCUACGGGCUCUUCGGCGGGCAGCGCCUGCGCCAGUGCGGGCUGGGCGGCCGCGCGCUGCGCUUCGCCUUUUUCCCAGACCUGCUCAGAGUGAUCCCUGCGAGCAUCCACGUGAGCGUCAUUGUCUUCUGCGUGGUGCUGGUGGCAGCGGCGCUGGUGGGCACAGGCUUCUUCAUGUACAACGCCUUCGGCAGCCCCUACGAGGCGCUGCACGGCCCGGCGGGGCUCUACCUGUGCAGCUUCAUCUGCGGUUCCUGUGGCUGCCUCGUCCUGGUCCUCUUCUCCUCGGAGGUGAAGGUCCACCACCUCUCCGAGAAGAUUGCCAACUUCAAGGAGGGCAGUUUCACCUUCAAGACGCACAGYGAGCAGUUCGGCAGCUCCUUCUGGACCAUCCUGGUGUGUGUCUUGGUGCACUUGCUCAACGCCAUCCUGAUACGCUUCGCGGGGUUUGAGUUCCCUUUCUCAAAGCCGACGGACUCGGCGGCCAGCGCGGGAGGAGCUGACCUCAUGUACUGACACCUGCGCGCUGGGAGUCUGAAGCCAAGGGUUUCAUCGCUGCCGCGCUUGGCGACAGCCACGGGUGCUAACGGUACAAAAAACAGAAAAAGAUCUCAAAUAAGUGUCAGCAUGAACUAUGCA